AUGUCGCGCCGCCGUUUCAUGUCCUUGCGUGGACUGCUUCUCGCACUCCUUCGCCGUGAUGUCGCGCAGGCGGCGCUGGAUGGGGCCGAGGGGUGCGUGCGCGACAGGGCCGCCCCCGCGCGCCGGCUGGGGCCCCGCUGCUCGCGCCGUCGGGCGGGGUGGCCGGCGGCGCCUGUGUCUGACCACCAGCCCACACCCCCGGAGUCUAGAACUGUCGUCGCAGGUGGGUUCGGCGUACGUUGCCCGGGCGGCGGCGCGCGGCGACGUAUACGGCGAGCGUUGUGUCCCAGCGACCCCCUGAAGCUGGCUGCGCGCGCGUGA